AUGUCCAACAGGUUUCUCUCCUGUCAAACCUGCAACAAACUCCUUGGCGUAGUCACCAAAAGUAACCAUACAAAUGGUUUGCCAAACUCCAAGCAUAACUCUUGGAGUCACACCUCUAUAAAGUCCUUGUAUACCGUUGUUCGAGUAGAUGUAUUUUGCAGCACCCAGAACGCUCAAAUUCUUUGGACGUUUCGGAUCACUUGUCUUGGAUUGCAUCUCCACACGGAUCACCUCAAUUGGCUGGUUCCAGGCAGAAAGACCACCACCCAGAGCAGACGACAAAAUUCUCUCGCCAGCUCCCAACUUCUCGUCCUUAGACUUUCCGGUGAACGACUUGAUGGAGUCCUCAGCGAGUCUGGACAACCCGAAUCUCGAUCCCCAGUUGGUCAUCUGUCUAAUUGCAACAGCAUUGACACCCUUGUUGAUACCCUUGAUACCUUCCUUGGCGUAGAUGUCCUUGAAAACUUCCAAGCUGCUCUUGACUGGGGCUCCAGCAGCAGCAGCCUUGUGUCUGGUGAUCUCGACAGUCUUCAUACAGGUACAGAAUCCCAUUGUGAGGUAAGCUUGGAACAAUCCACCAGUGAUUCCUCCACCAAUACCAGAAACGAAUGGAGAUGCGCCCACAGUCUUCAGACGGUACUCAGCUUCGGACGACACAAACAGCAGAACAGCACCUUUGGUACUGGCUUCAAUCCAGGCCCACGGAAUCAGUCCUUGGUAGAAUCCAAGUACCCCUCCUCUGGACCAAACCACUUUGGUGGCCUGAAAAAUCGACAACGAACGGUUGGCAGCCAUUGUAGUCUUGACCACUUCGAGAGGCUGACCCAGGGUGGUCACCUCGAACAUGUUGAGACCUGCUCCAAGCAAGAUGUUGGAGAAGGAGAUUGGUUUUUUCUGAACCUCGGCCAUAUCUGUAAAAUCAACAACUCGAAAAAAACCGGGGAGAAAUUUAAUCACAGAUGUGCGAUCUUUUACAUAAAGAGAAAAAAAAGAUUGAAAAGUUAG